AUGCAGCCCCAAGAGUCCGCAAUGGAUACUUCUCCCUACGCGCCAGCAGGGCGUUUCUCAAACUCUUUUUCGAAAUCCGCAAAUGCCAACAGCAACGAGACUGGCUUUUCUCACGGUGCAUACAGCUCGAACCAGCAUUCUGUUGGAGGUUACGCUCGAAGGCACCCACAUCGAGCGAAUAUGUCUAUCAACACUGGCAACUAUGGGCAAACAAACCAUCAAAAUGCAAACGACAUGACCACUCCCGGAACAGCCAUGGACAUGAAUUUCACCCCUCUUCUGCCAACUAAUCUACUCAUCGGCAGUCCUUUCCAGCCAGCCACGCCUCAAUUCAACACAUUUGGCGGUUUUCAACAGCAAAACUCUGCUGCGCAUCAACAAAAUCAGCAAACGCAGAUUGACAAUCCCAUAAACCACCAACAUGGUGCAUUCUCUCCUCAAUCAUAUCAGAAUAUGGUUUCGCCGACCAACUAUGGAGUGCAGCAAUUUUUGGGAGGACCUCAGUCACCAACUGGCACAUUCAGCAACAUCGGAAAUCAGGGAUUUGGUGGAGCUGCACCAAUGCAGAUGGCGCCGACUAUGGGCAACGCCAGCAGCAGGACCGUGUAUCUUGGUAACAUACCUCCUGAGACCUCGGCUGAAGAGAUACUUGGCCAUGUCCGGAGUGGACAGAUCGAGUCUGUCCGGCUACUUCCAGAUAAGAAUUGUGCAUUCAUUUCAUUCCUCGAUGGUAGCUCAGCCACUCAUUUUCAUUCGGACGCGAUUUUGAAGAAGCUUGCUAUACGCGGUCAGGAUAUUAAGGUUGGCUGGGGAAAACCAGCACAAGUUCCUACAUCCGUCUCCGUUGCAGUGCAACAAUCGGGUGCAUCUAGGAAUGUUUAUUUGGGUAACUUGCCGGAGACAGUGACUGAAGCUGAAUUAAGAGACGAUCUUGGCAAGUUUGGGCCCAUCGACACUGUCAAGAUUGUGCGUGAAAAGGCGAUUGGAUUUGUUCAUUUUCUUUCAAUCAGCAACGCUAUCAAAGCUGUCUCGCAGCUGCCUCAAGAACCCAAAUGGCAGGCCCCUCGCCGUGUCUACUACGGCAAGGACAGAUGUGCUUAUGUCUCCAAGACGCAACAGCAGAACGCAGCUCAGUACCUUGGUAUCGCUCCCGGCUAUGCACAUAUGCUAAAUGGAGCGGACCGUGACUUGAUCUCCAAUGCACUAGCUCAACAGUCAGUUGCAGCAGCGGCCGUGGCAACCCAAGCUGGAGGAGUGAACAAUCUUGGAAAUCGUACCGUAUAUCUUGGAAACAUUCAUCCAGAGACCACAGUUGAAGAGAUUUGCAAUGUCGUUCGAGGUGGUCUUUUGCACCACAUCAGGUACAUUCCUGACAAGCAUAUCUGCUUUGUGACAUUCAUCGAUCCUACAUCAGCCGCUUCUUUCUACGCGCUAAGUAACAUCCAAGGGCUCAUGAUUCAUAAUAGGAGGCUCAAGAUUGGCUGGGGUAAGCAUUCAGGUGCUCUGCCCCCAGCGAUAGCUCUAGCUGUUAGUGGGGGUGCUUCUCGGAACGUCUACAUUGGAAAUCUAGACGAAUCGUGGACCGAAGAGCGCCUGCGUCAAGAUUUCUCGGAAUAUGGUGAGAUUGAACUUGUCAAUACACUCCGAGAGAAGAGCUGUGCGUUUGUCAACUUCACCAAUAUCUCAAACGCCAUCAAGGCAAUUGAGGCCAUUCGAAGCAGAGAGGAUUACCAACGAUUCAAAGUGAACUUUGGCAAAGAUCGCUGCGGAAAUGCGCCUCGACAGAACAAUCAUCUCGCAUCGCAACAGCAAAAUCCUUCCAUGCAUGGACACGAUAGCAUGGCGUCGCCAUCACCAAUGAAUGGAAGUCUACACCCGUCGAUGAGCCACAAUGGAUCCUCAGUCAGCCCCACAAGAGCUACACUCUCACCCGCACCGGGUUCCACCGGCUCCAACUCACAAAAUGGCUUCCAUUUCCAUCAGCAAUCCAACCAUGCGCAUACUCCGUCUGCGAUCCUGAACGCCGGCAGUAACAAUCCCUUGACAAUGUACCUCAACCAAAUGUCCCUCCAACAGACCCAGCAAGAGCAAGAGUCACAGCAGCAGCAGGUGGACCCUUACUCUGUUGCCACUCUACAACAGCAGCAACAACAAGUCCUUGCUAAUCAGCAAGCCGCUAUCUACGGAAACUCCAACAAUGACGCUUUCAGCAGCGGCAUGCUCGAUGCACCGCAACAACAGGGGCAUAGCAGUAGUUAUAGUCAAGGCGUUAACGGGAUUGGUUUGUCUACCGCUGCGCCUACUAUUGGUGGCUUGCUCGCGCCUUCGCGCAAUCAGCAGCAUGCUCGCGCUGUCAGCUUACCUGCUUUCUCACAAGAAGCUUUCACCAAUAGCGGGAACCAGGGCCAGCAGUCUCAGCAGCAGCAGCAGCAGCAGCAGGGAUUGCAGCAAAGCUCGCAGCAGCAUUACAGCCACAGACAUCAGCUGAGCAGCGUCAGCGGUUUGGGCUUUGGCAAUGCCAGCUGGGGUCUGAAUGGAUGGGCAGAGGAGAGCGCUGGCGCGCAGUGA